CGGCAGAUGAGUCCGGACUCGAGGUAUAGUCGUAUGUGUCGCUUUUCCGCCCUUGUUAAACAAUGGAUUCGAAUUUUCCUCCUCGAAUUUGAAAAACGCGAGUGUGCCAUGGGAUUAAGUGAAGUUUAGUGAUAGUGAUGAGUAGCUGAUAGAGGUGAGAGCGUGACCAACAUGUACCCCACCCCUGCAAGGCAUCCAUCGGCCGCGGGACCGCCACCUCAAGGUGGUCAGCUUAAAUUCACCAUUGCCGACACUCUGGAACGUAUUAAAGAAGAAUUCAACUUUCUUCAAGCCCAGUAUCACACGCUAAAAUUAGAGUGUGAAAAACUGGCUAGUGAAAAGACUGAAAUGCAACGGCACUACGUUAUGUAUUACGAAAUGUCCUAUGGCCUUAACGUAGAAAUGCAUAAACAGACUGAAAUCGCAAAACGCUUAAACGCAAUUAUCGCCCAAGUGCUGCCGUUUCUGGCCCAAGAACAUCAACAGCAAGUGGCAACGGCAGUUGAAAGAGCCAAACAAGUCACGAUGACCGAACUCAAUGCAAUAAUUGGGCAACAACAACAACAAGGUCUUCAACAAUUGCUUCAACAGAUCCACGCCCAACAACUCCCUCAUGGUCCUCAUGGUCCAGGCUUACCCAUCGGUCCUCAUCCCGGCCUUCCAGGAAUGGCUCCAGCCGCCGCCGCCGGCCUUCUGGGAUUCGGUGCAGGAUUAGGUGGGGGUGUUCCAGGAGCACCCACAGGACCUCACGCUUCUGUAACCGGAGGCGCUCAUCCUUUACUCAAAUCAACAGAUCUCCAUUCCAGGGAAGCCGUUGACAUCAAACCUGGAUCGGCUAAUACUGAAGAAAGACUGAAUUCUGUUUCGCCCGGAGACAGAGAUAAAUACAGAUCGAGAUCGCCGCCAGACGUGGAACAGGAUGUCAAGAGACGGAAAGAAGAUAAAUUGGGGCAUGAAAGCGAUGGUGAGAAAAGCGACCAAGACCUCGUCGUCGACGUCGCCAACGAAGAAGCCUCCUCCCCCCACACCAACGGCGACCACGCCCCCCUCAGUAAUUCAGGCGUCGAAAUUCGUGAAAACGGCAGUACAAACGGCGAUAAAAUCAAAGUAGAACGGCCUCCAAGUCGCAGUGGUUCCUCCUCAUCACGGAGCACCCCAUCCCUCAAAAGUAAAGAUGAAAAACCCCUGACUCCGGGCUCAAAACCCCGAUCUACGACACCGAAUCUAGGUGCAGCACCUGGAGCGAGCGGUCCUAAAGUCGGCCUUGGACCAUACCCCCCAUACAAUCUGGCAGCCCCCCGUGAACAUCUUAGUCCUUAUAAUAAUGUAGCAUCAUCGUAUGGCCGGCCACCUUUAUUGGGUUACGAUGGCCAUCCACAUACCCGGACUCCUGGAAUUGCCACGAAUGGUUUGAGUUCGAUUCCGGGUGGUAAACCGGCUUAUUCGUUUCAUAUGAAUGGUGAAGGGCAACUACAACCGGUUCCGUUUCCUACAGAUGCUUUAAUUGGUCCGGGGAUUCCCCGACAUGCGAGACAAAUAAACACAUUGAAUCAUGGGGAAGUUGUAUGUGCUGUAACUAUCUCGAAUCCAACUAAAUACGUAUAUACAGGGGGCAAAGGCUGUGUCAAAGUCUGGGAUAUAAGUCAACCGGGGUCCAAAACCCCAGUGUCACAAUUAGACUGUUUGCAAAGGGAUAAUUAUAUACGUUCGGUGAAGUUGCUCCCCGACGGCCGUACUCUCAUCGUGGGGGGCGAAGCCAGUAAUUUGUCCAUUUGGGACCUUGCUAGCCCCACACCUCGUAUCAAAGCCGAAUUGACCUCCAGUGCCCCCGCAUGCUACGCCCUCGCCAUCAGCCCCGAUUCCAAAGUGUGUUUCAGUUGUUGUUCGGAUGGAAACAUUGCCGUUUGGGACUUACAUAAUCAGACUUUAGUUCGACAAUUUCAAGGUCAUACAGAUGGUGCUUCGUGUAUUGAUAUUUCGUCCGAUGGUACGAAAUUAUGGACGGGGGGUUUAGAUAAUACAGUGCGAAGUUGGGACUUACGUGAAGGCAAACAAUUGCAACAGCACGAUUUCAGUUCGCAGAUUUUCUCAUUGGGUUAUUGUCCGACGGGAGAGUGGCUUGCCGUAGGCAUGGAGAACUCACAUGUUGAAGUUUUGCACGCGUUAAAACCGGAUAAAUAUCAAUUGCAUUUGCACGAAAGUUGUGUUCUUAGUUUAAGGUUUGCCACGUGCGGGAAGUGGUUUGUGUCGACGGGGAAGGACAAUUUGCUUAAUGCGUGGCGAACGCCCUAUGGGGCUAGCAUUUUCCAGUCGAAGGAAUCGUCGAGUGUAUUGAGUUGUGACAUUUCAACGGACGAUAAAUACAUUGUGACGGGAUCUGGUGAUAAGAAAGCCACUGUUUACGAAGUGAUCUAUUAAAUGCAACAAUGUGAACGUUUUCCGGGGCCAGACAAAAAAACCCAGUACAGUUUUACCAACAUGACAAUUAUUUUCAACUGUAACAACGUUUACACAUGUUACAGUUUCAAAAACUACGAAUUAGUAAAAUUGAAUAAACGGGAAACAAGUGAUUAUUUAUGGUUUUCUUUGAUUCGGAAAAAUUGUACCAUAUUUGUUAUUUGUUUAUUCAAAAUGUUGUUAUGUGUGUGAAUUAGAUGUCUCAAACGCAAAGAUUAUGUAGCAUAUUUUUCGUAAUUAAAUAAAAAUACAUUA